AUAAUUCACUCUUGAUUUGUAUGGAGGCCUAAACAAAAGACAAGUCGAUGACCUUUGGGCACCCACCCACACAUGGGGUACCUGAAUUGUCGCUAUUGUUCAAGCGAAAGGGAAAGGGGUCGGGUGGCGGGGGCGUGGUGCAUCGUAAACUAUAAAUACCGCUCGUGCAUCGAAAAAAAAAUAUCAAAACCCACAGAAGAGAAGAAUGCGUCCAACCACCCAGUCCAGUCAGAAUUCUUUGCUGCUGCUGCUGCUGUUGCUGCAGCUCCUUCAUUUGGUUUUGGCGCAAAAUUUCUGCGAUCCGUCACUUUGUUCAAGGGGCAGUCGUCAUAUCGGCUGUGGCCAUAACGGCCGUUUUGCCAACGGCUGCCGGGGUGAAUUUGUGAACAUAAAUGCGCACAGAGGCUUAAUCCUGCAACUGCACAACCAGCGCCGCAAUCAAAUUGCGGGAGGUGGCCUGAGUGGCUUUCCCAGUGCGGUGCAAAUGGGGACCAUGUCCUGGGACCCGAUACUGGCCCGCCUGGCCGCCUACAAUGUGCAGCAGUGCCGCAUGGCGCACGAUCAGUGCCGCAAUACGAACGUUUAUCGUUUCUCCGGCCAGAAUCUGAGCGUGCUCUUCACGCGACGCAACAUUAACACAGCCCAGUAUCUGAGGCAGCGCAUCGCAGACUGGUUCGACGAGUAUAGAGAUGCGACCAGGGCUGAUAUAGAACGCUUUAGGUCACGUGGCGGACCCGCAAUUGGUCAUUUUACGGCUAUGGUAAAUGAGCGCAACAAUCGCAUCGGUUGCGCCGUUGCCCGUUAUACGAGUGCAUCUGGCAGCAGCGGCACACUGCUCGCCUGCAACUAUGCGGUAACGAAUAUGAUCAACAAUCCCGUUUAUCGGCCCGGAAGAUCGGCAUCCCAGUGCAGAGCGGGCCGCAAUCCUCGAUACACCAAUUUGUGUGCUGCCAAUGAGGUAUACAGUUACAAUAACUGGUCGGGUUGAUUUCCCUGUCAAAUUCACCGUUAUUUGUAGGCUUACACCAUGUCCCAAAGGAGGGGAAAGUAAUUUCCUCAAACUUUUCCAAGCUUUUAGCACUGGGAAAU